AUGGUCAACGAGGAGCCGCCCUGCUCACGGUGUCAAAGAAGAGGCAUUCCAUGCGUUCUCCAUACUGCUCAGCGACACCCCGUGGCAGACUCCAAACAGGUUGCCCUCCUGGGGAAGGACCUUGUCAACAUCCACAGCACUUUGGAGAGCGUAUGUCAGCACCUGAACCUUGACCUUCCACCGCCUCUAGCUUCUGAGAAGCAGAAUGCUGAGAACAGUCGAAGAAACAACAAAAUCGCCGGCGACGCGAACGAAGAAGGCACGUGUGAGCUUUCGCCCCCGGUAUCGCCAUCCACUGCCCAGGCGCCAAUGGAUAUGUACUUGACAAGUGUCCAAGAGCCCAUGAAUGGCAAAAGUCCCCAGAGGCUGCGACGACGAGGGAGCGAGAGGGUCGACAUGAUCAGCAAAGGCCUCAUUUCCUUGGAUGACGCAGAAGUGCUCGUCAAGAAGUACUUGCUGCAUCUGGAUAGGUUUUUGUACGGCGUGACAGGCUCAUACAAGGACGUGAACGAAGUGCGACGAGCAUCUCCAGCUCUCUUGGCUGCUAUGUGCACUGUUUCAGCUUUUCACGAUUCCGAGCACAAGGCUUUGUUUGAUACAUGUAAUCGCGAGUACAGGUCUAUUGUAUCGGGAUCUUUAUUCGAGAAGCGCGACCUGGAAUUUGUGAAAGCACUCUGUAUUGGCGCAUUUUGGCUUCCAGAUGCGUCGAGGAUCCUAUUGGGAGAUGCUAUCCGACGAGCGAAAGAUCUCAAACUGCAUCGAAAUUUCCUCCGACUCACGGAGCCCGCUCUACUAGCAAGCACUUCGCCAGGCUCGGCAAUCGACACCAGCGAUAUCAGGGAUCGCGUGCGGCUCUGGUACCUACUCUAUGUUUGUGAUCAGCACUUGUCUAUCCUGCAUAAUCGAGAUCGGAUCCUACGCCAGGAAAAGGAAGCUGUCGAGAACAGAGAGCUGUUCAUAUCUGGUGGCGAACCAGUAACAUCUCAAGAUAUCAGAAUCAUGUCACAAGUCUCGUUGCUAGUCAUUAUGGGACAGAUCCGUGACGUUUUUGGGUCCGAGUCGAUCAGGCCUGUCUCCAAGACCUUGAGCGUUCAACUAUCACAUUUCGUGAGGGAGCUGGAUUCAUGGUAUACGAGAUGGUCCGCCCUGUUUGAACCUGAUGACCAUAUCGGAGCAUUUCCACUAGCUGGUCUCACAAUACAUUGGCAGUUUGCCAAGCUUUACCUUGGACACCAUGUCUUCCGUGGCAUUGAGAACAACCCUAUCCCGACCUACUUCUUGUCAGCCGCCCUCACAGCCCGCGACGCCGCAGUCACAAUCUUCACCAUGAUAGCCGAAGACGACUCCUUCCGCAGUCACAUCCUCGGCAUGCCUGCAUACUUCCACAUCAUGAUCUCCUUCGCCGGCCAAUUCCUUCUAGGCGUAUGUCUGAAAUACAGCCAACAGCUGGGAAUCAAUGUCGAAGAAGACUUUCGACGUAUCAGCGCCGCCCUAGCUGUCUUCGCUCGCACACCAGCAUUACCAUCACACCCCAUCACGCGCAUGACUGCAGGGCUGAUGAGAAAAUUGAACGAAUGCACAACAGCUUUAGGAAUGGAUUCCGUCCUGACUGAAAGUCCCUUCGCGAACCCCGAACUCGCUACUGUUAGAGACUAUGCCAGCAACAUCAACGGCAAUGUCCGUGGGGUCUUCGAUCUCCAAGCCGCCAACGGCCUGCCUGACGACUUUCUGUACGCCGAUUUCAGCGAUUUGACAUUUCCGGAUCCACAAUUUCAAUAUAUGCGACAUGGAACAUAA